GGUGUAGAUUUAAAGACUCAUAACCUAAAUUAAAUUCAUAACUGGAGUGGAGCGCAAGAGCUUCUUCUUCUUCUUCUGCUUACGGUGUUGUAAUCUCUGUAGCAAUAGCAGAGCUUCACUUCAAGAGAUAUAAAUGGCAGGCUCUAAAAAUGCGUCAAAGAAGAAGCAAAAGCGCGGUAUCGACUUCAAGAAAAUAAAGCGGAAGAUUGGCAGAAAAUUGCCACCAGCACAGAAUGCUACAAAUACUGAGAUUAAAUCUAAAGCAAUUGUUCUCCCCGAGCAGAGUGUGGCAUCCGAGAAGGCAGGAUUAGCAGUGAACGAGAAAGGCUUGACUUUGAAAGAGCUUCUUCAACAAACAUCUCAUUAUAGCUCAAAAGUCCGUAAAGACGCAUUGUUGGGAAUUAAGGAUUUAUUCCUUAAGCAUCCAGAAGAGUUGAGGUUGCAUAAGUACGCUGUUAUUGAAAAAUUGCGUGAACGGAUUGGUGAUGAUGAUAGACUAGUUCGAGAAACGCUGUAUCAACUUUUCAAGUCAGUGAUUUUCCCUGGAUUUAAGGAGGAUAAUCAAGAGCUUUUUGUUUCCUUGAUGAUGGCCUAUAUAUUUAAUUCAAUGAGACAUUUAGCAAUUGAUGUUCGACUGAUGGCUUUCAAAUUUUUGGAGCUUGUUAUCCAGUACUAUCCACCUUCCUUUUUCUUGUAUGCUGAAAAGAUUCUUCAAAACUUUGAGGAUAUUUUGCGAAAGAACCAGUUUUAUUUAGAGGACAAGAGCAAGCUGAAGAAUGCUCUUUCUGGGUUGGAGCAAUGCUUGUUACUGCUUCCAUGUAACAAGAAAGAAGUUGGCUCAUGUGAACAGAAUGAUGCUGGACAAGGGAUGCUGCAUGCUUUUGACCCUGAUGUGCCUGCAGAAUCUACUGGGUUUUCUCUCAUCAUCCCAAAACUGAAAGACCUUGUGCCAGUUCUAGUCAAUUGUUUCCAAGAUUUUAUUCCUGCAGUACAGACUGGUGCACAUCUUGAUGUGCAAUCAUUUGAUUGUAUGGUGUCUAUACUUCACAGUAUAAAUCAUGCAGUCCGGUUCUUUGUUUAUAUGAUUGAUGAGGGUACGUCAGAAUCACGACCUUCUGAUGGGGAGCUUGAUGUGGCUAUGUUGGGCGGAACUAUCUCCAUGACGCUGAUGAAGAAGUUACUUGUUCUGUUUCCCCUGAACAUGAGAAAUCAACUUUCUGAGAAGGAUGAUGUUAAAUAUUUUGUCCUGGACAGUGUGAUGACAGAAAUAUUUCUGCACUUAAGCAAAUGGAUCUGCCCUCCCGGUGUUCUGUUGGAGAAAUUUUUAGAAUUUCUAGAGAAUGCGCUGCUUGGAAAGAUUUGUAGUGAUAGACGCUCUGGUAAAGCAAUCCAGGAGAAGCAUUUAAUUUCACUUCUUCCUUUUGUACCGAAACUUGUUUCGCAAGUGGCAAAUGACUGGAAGUCUCGUCUUCUUCAGGCUUUUACUAAGGCAUUCAAGGAUUGCAAUCCUGUGUCAUCUUUAAAAUUAGCUUGUCUUUCCACAAUGGAGGAGAUGGUUGUUCCUAGACAAGGCAUGCUGUACCUGGAUCCAAGGGAUCCCGAGAUAUUAAACUUUCAGAUUGCCUGGAUAAGAGAGCUUCCCAUGUUGCUAAUCCUGCUGGGUGAUAAGAACACGUCCCACUCCCAGGUUGUGUUACACCUUUUACUUCGCCUGGGACAGCGUGCUUUCAUGAACUAUUCCUUUGCAUUGGAAUAUGACAACAUGCAAUUCUCACUGCAAGAAUUUUUCUGCAUAUAUCAAGAUGAUGGAAAUAUAAUAUAUGGUCCUUUUGUAAGGCUGCCCAGAGAAUCUCAGGAACUCUCUCUUUGUUGCCUUCGUUAUAUCUCUUAUUUGGAUUUGCAUAUGUUGAGGUCAAUAGCUUAUUGUUGCCUAUGUCCAGAAUUGGAACAGUAUGUAAUAAUUCGAGUCAUAGAGAUCCUGUAUUCAGCUUAUAAAUCUGGACAUAUUCAAAUUGCGGAUCACAUUAGUUUCUUCAUCACUUUGCUCUCCCGCUUCAGAGUUUUGCCAGAAAAUGUUAAUGCUGUUAUGGAGAGAGAUGUGAAUAUCUCAAAUCGGGGGACUUUUAAAUCAAUCACUGGCAUUGUUUGCUCGUGUCUGUCACAGAUGGGCGAUAGUUCUCUUGUUUUUAAAAUACUAGAAAAAAUGGUACUGGAUCAAAUGUCGCAAAACCUUCCGCUAGACAAUGUCUGUGCUAUGCUUAGGAUGCUUGUUGCACUGGACUCUGAAGAGACAAUAAUUUCUGAACAAGCUUUUGUAAGCUUAGUCAAAAUCGUUCCGCGAUAUCUUAUUGACAUUGUGCAUUGCAUUGCUGAAGAUGAUGGGAAGGCCUCUGGUUCCCUUUCCUCGAGUGCAUGCUGUUAUUAUCUUGUUCCUUGCUUUUUCUUAUUUGUUAAAAGUCACAGACUUCUGGGUCUUGUGUUGAAGACGUUGGGGUCAUGGAUAAAUGAAAGUUUGUCAAUUUUACCUUGCGAUCAUACCCACUAUGAAACAGACAUUUCAAGCAGGGUAGAAACAAUCGUUUCAGUUCUUUUGUUGUUGCCUAAGGAUGACAAAAUUUGGCAAGUUAUGUCUUCAUUCAAGGCAGAGAUUGACUGUAUUUUGCAAAGCAUCAUCUCUAUACAGUCCUCAGAGGAAAUCAGCAUGACCCUUCAAGAAAAGCACAAAUUGAAAUGUGCACAUGAUAGACUAAAGAACGCCACAAGUGGCUGAGAUGCAGUCAGUCUAGAAGGAUGUCCCUACCCCUAAGUACCUGACUGAAAUUGGAAGAGAACAGAUGGUAAAUAUCCUCCUGACAGUAGUUGGGGAGUGACUAUGGUCAUUUCAAUCUGCGUCAAUGAUUCAGCUUAGCUACUUACUUGAAGCCACGGAACGGGUGCAUGUCUCCGGGAUGCACUCGUCUUCCUCACUAGUGGAAGAACAGCAUACACACCUAGAAAGUUUUGGGGUUGAGAGUGCGAGGCUAAAUCAGAGCCUCAAAUCUCAUUGUACAGUUAUGGUGGGUGUCAAAUUUUGUUGUAGAACAGCUUGAAAGAGACUUAUAGUUGGUUUAGUACGUAAUAUACCUCUCUAAAAACUCUCUCCUUGGGAGCUUUUGGUCGGAACAUUUUGUAUCAGUUUUUGUUUUAAUUAGCUCUAAUUUGAAUCCAAAGAUAACAAAAAACAAAAUCAAUGUAUCAGAAAUACCAAUCUGUCAGUAGAUAU